UAUAUCGUGAACGCCUCUAUAUAAGACCUUACCGCUACUCGCACUGCAUCUUCGCGACUGAACCUAACUCGUCUGAUACCACGGCGCCACGCCGGCGACCUAGUGAACCUUUGAAUAGGUGAACCACCAAGAUGCCGCUCAAGUUAAAGCUCAAGACGUCGACGCCUGCGGACGGCUCUAGCAACUCACUACAUACACCAUCCGGGCCUCCCAAAAUAAAGCUCAAGAUGGGCUCCUCCCUGCCACCCACUCCGGCCAACGAGCACCCUCCCGACCUCUCAGCGCCCGUCCGCCAGAAGCGCAAGUACAAUAAGAAGCCCAAAUUCGACGCGGACGGAAACCCCAUCGUCGCAGCACCAAAGGGCUCCUCCAAGAACAAGAAAAGGGCAAGAGACGAGGACGACGAGGAGGCGUCACCCCCAGCGAAGCGGAAAACCAAAGGCCCUGGGCACCCUCUUUCUAUAAUACCGCCGACCCAAGGCCAGAGAAUGAUACCGAAGCUGAAGCUCACCGCCCGCACGCCUGGAAGCGCUGCGCCGGUGUUCAAGCUUAAGUACCAAGGCAAGCCGCCGCCGCGACCGCUGGGUGUGGGCUAUGACAGCGAGUGCGAGGACGCUGAGAUCGACCCGACGAUCCACUCCCAGUUUGUGCUUCGUAUGCAACCAGGUCCAGACUGUGACGCCCUACAUAAAGCUAUCGAAGAGAAGAAGAUUGGCAAGCCGUCGAGCGAUGGCGGAUUUUCAGUAUACUUCCGAUUCUUCGAUAAAGAGGCACGCCGCUCUAUCGUCGUGGUCAACGGCACACGGUACGCGGCGGCGAUGGUCGACCUCCCUUGCAUUGUGGAGUCCAUGAAGAGUUGGAACAAGCGAGAUUGGGUGAAGAGCGCCGACAUUUGCCAGAUGCUGCUUGUGCUCGGGCCGUGCAAGACAGACGAAGAAGCCAAAGCCUUCAUGCUCCCUCAAGAAGUCGACCCGGAACUCCACCAGUAUGCCCAUGGGCUGACACCCCCGAUGCACUGGGUGCGCAAGCGGCGCUUCAGGAAGCGCGAGAACUUCCGCAAGAUCGAGGAGGUAGAGGCUGAGGUGGAGCGCCUGCUAGAACUCGACCGCAGGGCAAUGGAGUCGGGUGGCAAGUCGGAGUACAAUUUGGUGGAUAUCAACGACGUCGACGAUGAUUCGGAAGAUGAUGGAUACUACGAGCAAGACGACGAGGUGGAGAUGGACGUCGACGAGCCGGACGAACCUGUAGAAAGGGGCUUCGUGGAGGAUGAAGACAACGACGAGCUCGCCCAAAUGCUCCAGGAGCAACUCGCAGAAGGUGCAGGUCCUGGCGAAGAAGCAUAUGGUGAUGCAGGCGCAAACGGAACCCACGUAGGCCUCGUCGCCGAAUCCUCGCAAGUCGCAUCCUUCCACGAUGUCGCGAUGCACGCUCUCGGCGCCGACGUCACCGACGCCGUCCCGACCACGGAGACCCAGACCCCCAACUCGCCCUCCGUCGCCGAAACCAACUCCGAAGGCGACGACGACGAGGAAGAAGAAGAGUCGGAGGAGGAAAUCGACGCGGAUACCCUGGCAGCGCAGCAAGAGCUCGCCCAGCAGAAAGAGGAGAUUGCGGAUCUGGAGAAGGAGAUCGCGGACGCGAAUGCACAGCUGCAGAAGCAGACGAAUCCGCUGCUCAGGAAGCGUAUCGUGAGCAAGAUUGAAACGUUGACGAAUGAUUUGAAUUUGAAGAAGACGAGUUUGGGGAUUGAGGUGGAUUGAGCGGUGCGUUUGGACUUGCGUUUUUGGUAGGGAUGGGGUGCUGUGGAUGGGACAGGUUGCUGCGACAUCUGCUUUUUUUUCUCGCUAACGGCGCAGCUUAUGAUAUGUACUUGUAUUCGCGGGAGGAUGUGUGAAUGUGGGAGCGUCUACAGCGCCUUGAGCGGGUGAUCGGCGCGCGCUCGGAAUCAUCCGCGAGGGCUAUAAAGUAGCAAUUGAAGGCUGCGAGGAAAAGAGCCCGUUGAUGAAGAGCUUAUGUCUGGUGCUGGCGAGAGGCCUAUAGACCUACAGCAGAGCAGAGAUUCCAGCGAGACCUUUACGAAAGGUCAGUAUUAGAUAACGUGGCCUACUCACAUAAGUCUGAGAGAGUCCAAUGCGCAAAUUAAUAUACUCAAAUCCAUCUGCUG